GGUCGUAUAACGGAGUUCUGUAUCCAAAUGGCUUCCUUGGUUUUCUGCAAUGCUUCUACGUCGUAUAAGCUACAUUCAGUGGAUACGAAGCCAUUUGACUUAUUGGUUGUUGAUGAUGCCGACAAGUUGAAGGAGUGUGAAGCAGUAAUACCUCUUCAACUUCGAGGUUUGAGGAAUGCGAUUCUGUCCGGAGACGAGUGCCAAUUGUCUGCAACAUUGAAGAGUAGAAUUUCUCGUGUAGCUAGAUUUGGAAGGAGCUUAUUCGAAAGACUCGUCUCGUUUGGUCAUGCAAAUCACCUGCUUAACGUACAGUACAGAAUGCAUCCGUCAAUAAGCCAGUUCCCAAAUUCAAUUUUCUAUCGUAAGAAAAUCCUUGAUGCGCCUGAUGUAACGCGUAAAGCCUAUGAGAAAAUAUAUCUUACGGGACAGUGUUUUGGCCCGUAUUCCUUUAUAAAUGUACCGUGGGGAGAAGAAGAGCUGGAUAAUGUUGGAUACAGGCGAAACUUAGUUGAGGUUGCUUUGGUACUGCGAUUACUGGAGAGCUUGUUCAAAGCUUGGAGUGCCUCCAAGAAGAAACUCAGCAUUGGUGUUAUAGCACCGUAUGCUUCUCAAGUUUUAGCCAUACGAGAUAGACUUGGGCAGAAGUAUAAUAACAACGCACAUUUUGAAGUUAAAGUGAACGUGAUUGAUGCAUUUCGGGGAGGGGAAGAAGAUAUUGUAAUAAUAUCUACAGUGAGAUCUAAUCGCGCUGGGUCCAUUGGCUUCUUGUCAAGUCUUCAUUGGACUAAUGUCGCGUUAACCAGAGCUCGGCAUUGUCUCUGGAUAUUGGGAAAUGAGCAAACAUUACUUGCUAGCAACUCCAUUUGGGAAGCGCUAGUUCUCGAUGCCAAGGAUCGUCAAUGCUUCUUUCAUGCAGAUGACGAUACUGACAUGAGGAAAACAAUUUUAGAUGUGAAGAAAGAACUUGAUCAACUGGAUGAUUUACUAAAUGGGGAUAAUAUUCUAUUCAAAGAACAGAGAUGGAAGGUCGUUUUCAGCGACAACUUUAGAAAAUCAUUUCGAAAGCUGGCAUCCUCCUGCUUGAGAAAGUAUGUGUUAACUCUUCUGGUUAAGCUUGCUAGUGGAUGGCGGCCGAAGAGAAGGAAUGUAGAGUUAGUUUGUGAAAGCUCAUCUCAGGUGGUUAAGCAGUUCAAGGUGGUUGAAGGGCGUUAUGUUGUUUGUACAGUUGAAAUUCAAAAAGAGUUCUUUUAUACGCAAGUUCUAAAGGUUUGGGAUUUAUUGCCUUUGGAGGAGGUUGCGGGUUUCUUAAGACGUCUUGAUAGAAUAUAUUUAAUGUACACCGAUGAAUUCAUCAGCCUCUGUAAGGAGAAGUAUUUUGAGGGGGAUCUGGAAGUUCCAAAGAGUUGGAAGGUUCAUCGUGAUGUAGUUCAGUAUAAAAAGGAUGUCGAGAGCAAAUUGAAUCACGAUUCGACUAGUACACUCGAUAACAAUGGUUAUGUUGAAAAUUCAAGAGUGAGCGAAAGCCUAUUGUUAAUGAAGUUUUACUCCCUGUCAUCUGGUGUUGUCACGCAUUUGCUCUCCGAUCACCAUGGUGAAGAAGUAGAUAUCCCUUUUGAAGUUACUAAUGAAGAGAGGGAGGUAAUCCGUUUUAGUAAAAGCAGUUUCAUCCUUGGCCGCUCAGGCACAGGUAAAACUACUGUGUUGACAAUGAAGUUGUUCCAAAAGGAGCAACAACACCAUAGUUCUGUUCAAGGAUUUAAUGUAGCGGCAGGAAAGGAGGUAAGUCAAUUUGCAGGGGAAACAAGAAUUAGCUCAUACGAGGAUAAUGAAGCGAGUCGCUGUAUUGGAGAGACUAGCAGGACAACCUUGCGCCAGCUAUUUGUGACAGUUAGUCCCAAACUAUGUUACGCUGUCAAAAAACAAGUUUCUCAGCUACAAAGGUUUGCCUGUGGAGGAAGU